AUGAACGUGGACGCCAAGAACGGCUCUCCGGCCGCGGAGGAGGAUCGCGACUCUGCCGAUAUCACGGAGCAUUCGGAGACCAUGGGCUCUGGUCGGGAUAAUACGAAUGGCGAGGCGAAGGAGAAUGGGCGCAAGUCGACUAGCGCCAAGGACCCCUCGCGACCGCGCCGGAAGAAGGCGCGGCGGGCGUGCUUUGCCUGUCAGCGAGCGCAUUUGACUUGCGGUAUGCAUUGA